UUUGGGACUGGUGACUAGUGAAUUGAUAAUGAUAGAAGAAGGAAAUGAACAUUCUUUAUUCUUGAUCGAAGUGCUUUUUUACAUCUUUCGAUGUUAAUGAAGAAGAUGAAGAAGACGCAGCCACACCCAUGAUCUUGUUUGAAUCAAAACAAUGGAUCUCUCACCCGUAACCUCCUCGUCUACUCCUUCAUCAUCCUCAUCCUCUGCGCCACCAACUUCGACUACUUCAUGGUUCUCCGGCAUCGUUCGAGGCCGCCUCGACAAGUCAUCAAGCCUAAAUUUGUCUGGAAACACUACCUCUUCCAGCGACACCGUCGGACCGGUGAACCGGAAGAAGCAGUUUCAAGGAGUCAUGUUCAAGUAUGGCCCCAAGCCAAUCCAGGUUGCAUUUAAAACAGGUGAUUACAAACAGCAGGUCAUCUUUAUUGGUGGGCUAACAGAUGGGUUCUUGUCUACAAAUUACUUAGAACCUUUAGCGAUUUCUUUGGAUAAAGAGAAAUGGUCUCUGGUGCAGUUUCUGAUGUCAUCUUCUUAUAGUGGAUAUGGUGCUUCUAGCUUGAAACAAGACGCAAUGGAACUUGACCAGUUAAUCAAUUACUUGAUAAACAAAGAAGAAUCUGAGGGUGUUGUGCUUCUUGGACAAAGCACUGGUUGUCAGGAUAUCGUUUAUUACAUGCACACAAACGCAGCAUGCUCCAGAGCAGUCCGAGCAGCUAUCUUGCAGGCUCCAGUUAGUGACAGGGAAUUCAGAGCAACUCUCCCUGAAACAGCUGCUAUGAUUGAUCUGGCUUCGAAAAUGAUAAGUGAAGGUAGAGGUUUGGAAUUCAUGCCUAGAGAAGCAGAUUCAGAGGCUCCAGUAACUGCAUUUAGAUAUCACUCCCUAUGUGCGUAUAAUGGGGAAGACGACAUGUUUAGUUCUGAUCUCAGUGAUGAUCAAUUGAAAAUGAAGCUUGGCCACAUGUCCAAUACACCAUGCCAGGUGAUCUUUUCUAUGGCUGAUGAGUAUGUACCCAAGUAUGUUGAUAAGAAAGCAUUAGUGAACAGAUUGUGUAAAGCAUUAGGUGGGGCAGAGAAAGUUGAAAUUGAACAUGGAAACCAUUCUUUGUCCAACAGAGGGCAAGAGGCUGUUCAAGCUAUUAUAGACUUUGUCAAAAGAGAAGGUCCAAAAGGAUGGGACGAUCCAUGGAGCUAAUUAGAAGAUCUUCCUUCUACCAUUUCCAUUAUUUGGGUCGAUCCAAUUUGGAAAUUAACAUUUUGUCACAAUUUUAAUCUCGUUACAAAACCGUCAUUGUUUAAAUUGAAAGCUUUUUAGUUUGGUAAAAGAUUGAUUUUGAAUCAUGUUUUAGAUUGUAAUGUGUUUUUA